AUGCGCAGUGUGCGCCAGAGGCUUGGCGUGCGGCGGUUCUGUGACUGGACAGUCACGCCGCGGCGUCAUGGCACAGAUGCGGCGAGCCUUUUUCGAAGUUGCAGCACUGCUGCCGGGGGUGCCGCAUCGUCGGCCGCCACGCCGCUCUCCUCCGCGCCUCCUUCCGUUCCGUCGUCUUCGUUCGCGGCUUCUCCGACAACGCCCGACAUCGUCUCCGGCACCGCCGCACUUUUCGACCACUACUUCAGCGACGUCUCCACCACGCUUGACAUCGCUCCCAUCAAACGACCACAUGUCGUGGGAAGUCUGGUGUGCACCCUAGAAGAGUAUCCAAUCAGUAUCGUUCUCGUGGAGGGGUACUGCGGCACCUCUGCCGAGGCCGUGAUGGAGAGAGUGCGGCGGUGUGCCGUCCACAGCGCACAAGGAAUGCGUGAAGUGUCGCGGAAGUCAGUGAAGGCGUUUCUAGCUCAGCACCUGUGCGCUGCUCGACCGAAUGUGGUAGAGCUGCUUGAUGCUCUCGACUUGUCACUACGAGUGCGACUGCUGCGGCAGGAUGUCUUUGCUGCUGCUGCUGAGGAAGAGGAGGGGACAAAUCGCCACGAGCGCGGCGGCGUCUCUGAUGUAUCAUCGACGCAACUCGGGAAGUCGACUACGCAGAGGUGGCGAUGCUCCGCUGAGUUGUACGAUACAUGGGACACACAGCCCCGCUUUACGCCUGUUGAGGGCGCAGCCGGUGGCGGCGAGGGGACGGAGUGUGAUGAGGUGGGUGAGCUUUUAGAUGUAAUAGGGAGAGCGUUGACACGGGUGGAGGAGCAGCUGCGGCGACUGCACGCGCGGUAUGCGAGCGACAGCGUUGAGGAGGCAUGCCGAUUUGUGCAAGAGGCUGGCAGCGACUUCUGCGACACGGAACUGACAAGGCGUUGCCUGGGGGCGUGUGUGGAGGGGGGCGGCAACGCGCCGCACAGUGCGAAUCGGCACUGCCCGUGGUGGGGCGAGAUGCGGGCACACCGUUCCUGGUCCCUCCACUGUGACGCUGAUAUGGACUUGGAGAGCUCGAAGGCAGUGGGGUUUUACCUCUGCCUUACCUGCACACUGCACGCCAGCUGCAGCGGCGAGGCGAACAGCGAAGGUGGCGUGACGGCCGUUUUGCAGUCGUCCCGAACACAUCGCGGGCUCAUUCAUCUGGUCGACAACGAAGCAGCGGAUGGUGUGCCUCGUCGCUACGCGAACCCAGCGAGCCGUUUUGCACGUCUACAAGACGUGUACGCCGCAUCUACCCUUGCGCGCAUCUCGAGACAAGGCCUCUUGUCCUCCGCGAGAGACUGGACGUGCGGGCCGGUGGACUUGACGAAUCAUCUCGUGACCGUCGCCGCCACGCUCUCUCCAACCGUCGCCUACGACUGGAUAGGUGCCACGCGAGGCGGUAGCAGCUUAGUCAAUCACGAAGCGCUAACCAGAGCGCCGGUGACGGUGCCAGAUACCACGAGUCUGGCGCUCCCGGCGUGUGUGCGCUGGAGCUCGUUUGUGGGUCGGGCAAGCUUAGACGACUUUGCAGUCCAUCUCAGCAGAGCGAGUGGUGCUGGGGGGCGGAGCGCUGCGGCAGGUAGCUACGCGUUGCCGCCACUGUGGCCACAACUGGGUCUUCUUUACUCCGGCAGAACCGGCGACCGAUGCGCCGCCUUGCGAGAGCUUCUACGGCACGAGCAUGGCCUGCGGGGGCUGCCUCGGGUCUUGGUAGAGGUAUGCACCACCCCUCCCUUCUCCCUAGAGUACGACGCAGAGCUCAUCGUGAACGACGGUGAUGCCAACUCAAAGCAGUUUUCCCUUGCCACGGCACGCGACUCCUCCAGCAUUCAAGUCUUAUGUGGUGAUUCCUACGCAGACGUUGCUGCUGCUGCGCAGGUGCACGCACCAUGGGCGGCACCACUCUGCAAGACAGCGCCGGCGCCUCUGCCUGUAAUCACCACAGCAGCGCAACGCGGCAGAGGCGAUCAGAUGGCCACGUCUCUUGAUUGUGCCCCCACGAGCAAUCACCCCCAGGACGUCGCCAGUCCCACGUUUGACGGACUGCCGUGCAUCUCGGUGGACGUGCUUUCCAUCACCGACUCCAUGUCGGCGAUGGGUAUCACCUCAGCGACGUGGAUGGCUCGUACAGCAAAGCUAGUGGCGACGCGCGGUGCCAACUCCGCACCUGUGGUGUUUGAGGGUGCGAACACACUCUCCGGUUACAGGCGAAUGCUUCGCUACUGUGCGAAACGACCCGUCUACAGGACGGUGCACCUACCUCGAUGCCGUACGCUAAAGGAGGCGCUUCAGCGUCUCCUCGCUUCCAUGGCGUCCAGCAACUCCAACGUCAAGGACGACUUUGACCCCUGCACGCGAGGAGGCGACGACUGGCCGGAUGCGCACGGCGAGGAAACAGAGACUCCUCGUAAACAGCAAACUGGAGUUGCUCAGCGACGUCUGGGGCGUGGCGAGACAGUGAAGCUCAUCUUUCCGUUCAAUGCCGGGGCCGCUGAUGUGUCGUCGAGCACUUCGAUCGUCCACAUGGAACUCCACAGAGCUCUCUUCUCAGCCGUGCAGGAGCACUGCCGUGACUCAGCGCAACUGCGUUUGCUGAUGUCGGCCCAGGCCACAGCCGCGGAGGCGACCUUUCUGCACUUAUGGCCUCUGACAGCGCGGUGGCUGGCGCCUUGUGGUGGCCUACUUCAUGCGUCGCUCACGCCGGUGGUCGACGAGGAUGCCGCGGCGCCGCGACAGCGUCAUGGCAAAACGUCGGCCGAGGAGGAUGUGACUAGGGAGGACGCUGUAGUGUAUGACCUGCGCCUGUCCACCACUGCUUCCACAACAGCGUCGUCCGUGCCGGUGUGUGGCGGAGCGAGGUCAUGCUCAGCCGUGUCGACCGCGGUUGUGGUGACGCGGCUUCCUGCCAGUGCGGCGUGGCUUUCGACGGCGCACGCUGCGAUGCGGAGGGCCUUGAUGCUCUCACAGUCGGACCUUUUUGCACCAUCGGAUGGCCAUGGCGCCUCCCCGACUGCGCUUGACGGGGUGGAAGGCGGUGGCGACACGGUGGGCCCGGACUGGCUCCUUGUGGGAUGCGUCACUUUCACGCAGGCGGUCGAAGCACUUCUCUUCACCACCACCUUCUCUCCACUGAGCGAGUUCAACGCCCAGGGCUUUCUCAAGGAACUCUUUGGCCAUAACGUAUGCACGAAGAAGCGCGGCACGGCGACCGAGCUGUGGCUCGUUGUCGCGCCACACUUGCCGCCUGUACUUCUGUGUGCUGUGGGCAAGAGAGAGGGCAAACAGGGCAGAUCCGCAGAGGGAAAGUGGCUGAUGCUGCUACGGUGCGUAAUGGACGCAUCGUGUCCCAACGCGAGGGCGACGUUGGAGGCAAUGCAGCAUCUGCAAGGGCGUCUCUCCGCGCUGACCUCCAUGAAUGACAGCACGUUUCCACCGCUGCAGUGCCGGCUUUCAUGUGAGUGGGCCCUCAGGCCUGUUACUGUCAGCGAAACGGAGCCCGCUGAGUGGGUUCAGGUGUUUGUAGCUGACCUUGUACGCGAAUCACCUGUGCCGGUGAGGCAGGCUUCUCACCCUCAGUGGUCAAGAAUUUCCAUGACGCGACGGCGAGGAAACGCCGUGGCGAGGUCAAGCAACGUGGGAACCUCCGCGAGGUUGCCGCCGGGCGUGGUGCAUCGUGAGGAAGGGCCAGACAGCUUUGGUGUCUUGUGGAGAGUACUACACUGUCCUACCCUGCUGCCCAAAGUGAUGACCAACUUGUCCACUACGGCCUCAGGUCGAGGGUUGCCGAAUGGACCCAUUCCUUCUCCUGUUGGGUUCAUCAAGGCUGCUCAAAGGUCACUUGCACGGCAGCACGGUGUCGCACGUGUGACCCACCGCUACGACAAGAGGUUCGGAGGCGUUGUUGUGGAAGGAUGGGGACAGCUGCGGCAGAACGGGAGUGAGGCGCUGUGUGACACACCGAUAACACUCGUAUCGGAACCGAUGCCUCUGCACUACGUCCCUAUGCGCUUGAUGCAACUUUAUCAUCGGCUUCUACUAGAGGCGCACGAGCUUCCCCGUAUCCCGGAAGAGGUGUGGAAGCAACUGAGGGCCGAGUGUGAGAUGGCCUCGACGGAGACGAUCCUGCAGUCUCUCAGCGAGACUUUGAGCUGCACGCCCGCCGACCUCCAGAGCGUGGAGACGCGGUUUAUAAAGGUGUGGUCGGUCUGCCUCGAGCUCCCUCUUCGCAUUUUCGGGUUCCCUGCUAGCUCAGCGUCCUCGAACAGCCUCUGCUGCGACGCCCCACCCUCGCUGUACGUGUACUGCCAGCGCUCGUCAAAGCGGCAGGCGAUACGGAGUGUGUACGUUCUUCUCUACCAAUGGACUCGGUAUCCACAGAUGGAGGUGCCGGUGAACGACACACACUUCUGCGUUGCGAGCUACAAGAGUGCAAGGUGGCCCAGCUUGACUGCUGAUUCUUCUUCGUUGUCUGCGCCGCUGUCGUGGUCAACGUCCACUGUCACUGCCCCACCUAGGUCGCGGACGACGAUGGAGACGACAAGCUGUACACCAGGGGCUCGCGCGGUGCCGAGUCCUCUGCACACGCUGCCGAUGCCGCACUCCGUCCUCGACGCCUCUCACGCGCGUAUGGAAGCGUCCCUCGGCGCACUUGUGAACAACAAGAACGGCCGCGUGGCAUUGCGACUGAGCCAGACCUUUGGGCUGCAGCUGAUGUACGGUGUGAGUGUGGCGGGGGUGCAGGAGGAAGCCCGUGCUGCGGACUCUGUCCAGCUCCUGCGUGAGGCAUGGAUACCACUUGUGUGGGCACCUGCGCAGAUUCUCAGCGCCGAAGUUUUGGUGUUGCAGCGCCUGCUCACCCGCUCGACCACCACUUCAGGCAGCGGCGACAUCGACAGCGUUACCGUCGAUAUGCGAGACGUGCUGCGAGAACUCGUUGUCGCCAGUGGUCGAAUACAUCUUGCGUCGCUGCAGAGUGGACACGUGGUGAGGGCAAAGGAGUUUUGCGUCUCGUUUUUUCGGCGGUACUUUGGCUGGCGCGUGUGCGAACGCGGCGACGUCGAAGACAUCUCCGUCGCUGAUAAUCACGGGAGCGUUGUGAUCCUGCAGACAGUUCGACGGGCCCAGUUGGACCGUGGUGGGCAUCUAUGCCGGCCGCGGCGACUGACCUCCUCGCGGCCCCAAGGUGCGGUGCUGCUAGGUGAGCGCGAGCACACGACAGCCACUCUCCAGUUGACGCAAAUCGUGCAUGGCGGCAAAACUUCCGUCAGGCUUGGGAGAGUACUCGUUGAGGUGAAGGGUGCAACUCCCCAGACAGCCUUGGACGCUCUCUGGGAGCAGUGUACUGCCGACAUUGCAGCUGUGUUCGGUGUCUCGUUACGUAUGUCGCCAAGCGAGGCAGACGAUCGAGUGUUGCACUUUAUGAAGUCGAAGCUGGAAUAG